UCGGGUUGCGGAAGAGUGGGAUGGAUGGAGACGCGGGAAGGAGGGGAGGUUCAGCGAGCUUGUGAGGGAAGUUCGGCAGAGUCUGGCCUUGGGUGACAUGGUUGCUCUGUGAGGACAUCAGGAUAGGAUCCGGGCGUUUUUGGGUGUGCAGAGAGGGAGAGUUCCCCAGGGAGGCCUGAAUGACGCGCGCGCUGGUGAUAGACGAAAGGCAGCGGUUUUGUAUGAUAUUUUGCAGGGCCUUGACGCGUUGUUGGAUGGGUGGUGUAAUCAUGGCAGUAUCCUCCCGAGGCUCGUUUCACUGGACAACGACAAUCUCCUCACUCGGCAUCGUGGGGACAUGGAGGAGCUCAUCAUGGCGCGAGAUCUGCGGGAUCCUCCCUGGUCCAUCGAUCCUGACAUUUGAGACUGCAGUGAGGAGAUUCUUCGUGCCGCUCCUUGCAACGAGGGGAAUGAACAGGUUCUUUCGGGAACGACAAGAGUUGGGACGGCUGUGUGAGCGUGUUGCGUUUGGUGAGCGGGAUGCUGUGGACGCGCUUGAUGAGGCGCGUCAGGUUUUACGCCAGGUCGUGCAAGAAGCUCCCAACUCACAGCCACAACCUCAGUCACCUACCCGUCGUCGUUACGAUCCUGCGCCGUACAGGAAGCGUCAUCACAUCCACCACCUACACUGGUGCGAUUCAACUACAUGUCGGCUUUAUCGUCAGCGAGAGACCAGGCUUACCGAAUCUCCUUCGCACCAUCCACUGGCGUCAUCACCUUACCAGUAUCAGCCCCACCUAUUCCCUACCACCUCCUUCGACCCCAAUCACCCUCCGCCAGUGCCCUCCCCUUUCAUCCCACCUGAGCCACAAUUCCCAUCAACUGGACGAUUUACUUAUUGGGUCUGACCGACGCGUGUAAUGAUAAGUUUAUACGAAUAUUAUUAUAUAGUGUUUCUUGGAAAUACUACUGAAGGUCACUACCCGUCCACUGUCGUGGAUUACGCCAAUCCUGUCUAGGCUCCAGCUGUUUGAAGAGCCACGAUGCAUAACGCGUGCAUGCCAACUAACUUCUAUUUCGGGCCAGGAGCCAUGUUUCUACCUU